CACCUGUUGGCUGCGGUAAGUGACAUAAAUCUCGCCGGGCGAUGCGGACGGUGUCCUCUCAGAGGCACAGACAGGCUGAGCUCUGGUGCGCUUCGCCCUGCAGUCCAUCCACGUGAGAGACAGACGACAGACUGACUGACUGACUGACUGAGACACCCACUCCCCCGCCUCCGGGCUGCGUACCUCCGAUGGCAGCAGCAGAGCAGUGCUGCCGUCGCGACGACCGCACAGAGAGUGACCACCCACCCAACCUGACAUCGAUGGGUACUCACACGCGAAGCGUUGUGUGGUUACUCCCUCACCAGUGUGUUGUUCUUGUCGCCUCUCUGCACGAUGGCUGGUGGCGCUGGCAGCACAUUGCCGGUCGACAUUGAUGCGGGCGAGGCCGCCACACACUCAUCCUCGCCGGUUCCCAUAACGGUGAGGAGCGCCUCGCACACUGAUUCCUUGGGCGGGUUGGCGGCAGCGGCAUUGGCGCGAGAAAUGAGGCCGUGGAAGAGCCGCCACGACGCGACCAGGCUGAUAGUGUGUGUGUUGGUGUGGGUGGUGUGUGGGUCGAUGACAAGGCUGACGGACAACACACCACCAACACCUGCACAAACACGACACAAGACAAGACAAUCAAUGAAGCUAAGCACACACAGACACACGGUGAUGGUGUCUCGUCUCGCUCACCUCGUUGAGUGUGUGUCGGCAGUGCCAUGAGAGUCACUCUGUGCUGGUGCUUGACGGCCACCACCACACCACCCCGCCGACUCACCAGCAGGUCGGCCUGCCCAAUGCUGUUUGUUCCCUCUCGGCCAAACGCCCUCACCAUCAUCG